AUGAGUGACUUGCGGAAACAGCUUUUAAAAGGUAAAAGGCCAGCAUAUGGCUUAGAACGGAUCCUGGAAAGUUUUACUGAUAAGGACGACCCCGAGGUUGAUCCGUCACCGAAACGGGGUGAAAACAUGAUGUGGAGACAUGAGUUCCAUCAGAUGCGUGACUCUUUGUUCCCCAAGAAAGAUAAAUUUUACCGAGAUGCCAACCAUUUUGUACAGACAUAUUACCUUCCACCACUGCUGGAUGAAAUGCCAGUUCUCGUUUGUCAUCAUGGCGCAGGAUCAUCAUCUCUGACAUUUCUUGCUUUUGUGUCUGAAUUAAAGAAACUUCUGCAAUCAGAAUGCCCUGGGGUAUUCUUGUUUGACAUGUUUGGCCAUGGAAAAUCAAGCGAACGAGAGCAAGAAGACUUUCACUUGGACGCUUUGACAUCAGAUUUUACGUUUGUGGUCGAGGAGUUCAUUAAAAGGGCUAACCCAGGCGAAAUAUGUUUUAUAGGCCAUUCUCUUGGAGGUUCUGUGAUGACCAAUUUCAUUAUGAACGCUAAUAUCGAAGGUUUAAGUGUUUCCGGAUUGGUCCUUCUUGAUAUUGUCGAAGAAACGGCGGUUAGAUCCCUUUCAACGAUCCCUUCGUUCCUAAAAACUAGGCCACAGAAGUUUUGUUUAUACGAGGACGCUUUGAAUUGGCACCUACAAUCGAGACUUUUACGAAACGAGGAGUCCGCACGGUUGAGCAUACACGACAUAUUUGUAGAAGACGACGAAGGCUAUCUCACUUGGAGGUCAAAUUUGGAGUUGAUGGCGCCUUUCUGGGAUUCCUGGUUCACAGGGAUGUCUGAGAACUUCGUUCGUUGCGGUUCUUCGUCGCAAAAUAUUGCAAAGCUUCUCAUAUUGGCUGGAGACGAAAGCUUAGACAAAAAGUUGAUUAUUGGUCAAAUGCAAGGAAAGUACCAGUUGAUAGUUUUCAACAAUACCACGGAUGUGGGUCACUUCAUCCAGGAGGAUGUGCCUUCCAAGUUAAGCAUAAGCAUAAUGGAAUUCUUGAAGCGGCAUGACUUCGGCUACAAGGGACGAAAAGAGUUUUCGAUCAAGACGCUAUGGGGUGGAAAUGUACAUUAA